GUCAAAUCGAAGCACAUACAUUUGCCGCAUCGAGUCUUCUCCUAUCAUUGAAAAAAAAGUAUCUCUCCAGUUCGGAAGCUAUUUAUCGAAUUCCAGUUGAAGUGAAAAUAGGAUAUUUGUGAAAAUGACGGCCUUUGAGGAGUUUGGUGUGUUGCCCGAAAUUGCCAAGGCUGUAGAAGAAAUGGAAUGGACGUUACCAACUGAUGUUCAAGCCGAAGCGAUUCCAUUGAUCCUGGGUGGUGGUGAUGUUUUGAUGGCUGCUGAAACGGGAAGCGGUAAAACCGGAGCAUUUUGUUUGCCAAUUUUGCAAACGGUGUAUGAAACAUUACGAGAUAUUCGUGACGGAAAAGGUAAAAAUGCACCGUCAACAAGCGGUUCGAGUAAAACAAUGUGGAAAAUGUCAAUAUAUGAUCGAAAUAAUGCAAUGGCAAUAACGCCAGACGGUCUUCGAUGUCAGUCUCGUGAAUUUAAAGAUUGGAAUGGUUGUCGUGCAACGGCCGGCGUAAGAAAUCGUGGCAAAUACUUUUUCGAAGCAAUUGUUUGCGAUGAAGGAUUGUGUCGUGUCGGUUGGUCAACUCAAUCGGCUAGUCUGGACUUGGGAACCGAUCGUUUCAGCUUUGGUUUUGGUGGCACCGGAAAGAAAUCACACAAUCGUCAAUUCGAUGAUUAUGGUGAAGCAUUUGGUAAAAAUGAUGUGCUCACUUGUUUACUUGAUUUGGAGCGAAGUGAAAUUUCUUACUUGAAAAAUGGUGUUAAUCUUGGCGUUGCAUUUCGUAUCAAUGAUAAUUUACGUAACGAAACAUUCUAUCCAGCUGUUGUGCUCAAAAAUGCAGAAAUUCAAUUCAAUUUUGGUGAAACACCAUUCAAAUACAAUGCACCACAGGGAUAUGUUGCUUGCGUUCAAGUGAAUGCAGAAAAUGUUAAAGCUAAUUCCAUAAGUCAAUCACAAUCACAGCAAACACUGCAACCAAAACCAAAUGCACCACAAGCAAUAAUCAUAGAGCCAUCGAGAGAAUUGGCCGAACAAACUCUUGAACAAAUUCAUAAAUUCAAAAAAUACAUGAAAGAGCCAUUCAUCAGAGAGUUGCUAGUCAUCGGAAAGGUACCGAUUCGAGAACAAAUCGAAGUGCUUAAAAAUGGUGUCGAUAUCAUCGUUGCAACGCCCGGCCGAAUUGAAGAAUUGAUCAAUUCAGAACAAUUAUUGCUCACACAUUGCCGAUUUUUUGUACUGGACGAAGCCGACGGUUUACUAAAAGCCAAUUAUGGAAAUUUAAUUGAAAAUAUUCAUCGAAGAAUACCGAAAAUGACCAGCGACUCGCAUCGUUUGCAAAUGAUUGUAUGUAGUGCAACAUUGCAUUCAUUUGAAGUGAAGAAAAUGGCCGAUAAACUCAUGCACUUCCCGACCUGGAUCGAUUUGAAAGGUGAAGACGCUGUACCAGAUACGGUUCAUCAUGUCGUUUGCAUUGUUGAUCCGCAAACAGACACCACCUGGCACAGUCUUCGACGUCAUGUCCAAACUGACGGCGUUCAUGCUCAGGAUGGCGUUAGACCUGGCCUAAAUACACCCGAAACAUUCUCUGAAGCAAUUAAAAUGCUCAAAGGUGAAUACUGCAUUCGAGCCAUUAAUGAACAUAAUAUGGAUCGCGCCAUCAUAUUUUGUCGAACCAAAAUGGAUUGCGAUAAUUUGGAGCGAUACUUACGACAAAUGGAUACCAACAAAUAUUCAUGUGUUUGCUUACACGGUGACCGAAAGCCACAAGAACGAAAGCAAAAUUUGGAAAUGUUCAAAAAUAAAGAGCGAAAAUUUCUGAUUUGUACUGAUGUAGCUGCCCGCGGUAUUGAUGUCAGCGGAUUGCCAUUCAUGAUCAAUAUAACGCUGCCGGACGAAAAAUCAAACUAUGUACAUCGAAUUGGUCGUGUUGGUCGAGCUGAACGUAUGGGCUUGGCUAUCAGUUUGGUUUCUAGUGUUCCCGAAAAGGUGUGGUAUCACGGUGAAUGGUGCUCAUCUCGCGGGCGUAAUUGCUGGAACACUAAUUUGAUAAAUGUCAAAGGAUGUUGCACUUGGCUCAACGAAAAAAAUAUGUUGGCAGAUAUUGAAGAUCAUCUUAAUAUCACUAUCACACAAGUUGAUAAAAAUCUAAAAGUACCAGUUAAUGAAUUUGAUGGAAAAGUCGUUUACGGACAGAAAUUACAAAACAGAGGAACAAACUACCAAGAUCAUGUGGAACAACUAAAACCAAUUGUUCAAAAUUUGGCCAAACUCGAAUCAAAAGCCCAACUUGCAUUUUUGAAACAUAUGAAAAUACAUUAGACGUCUUUACACUAUUCACAGAAUACAAAACAUAAAUUUGGAAUAAAUAAAAUUAUUACUUUAAA